AUGGACAACAAAGAGAAUAAGAACGACAGAACUGUUUCUGAAAGAUAUAGGAAUGCUAUUGGAAAAUUUCAAAGUAUUUUUAAUGGUAGUUCUGUAUUUGGUGAUCGCAAAGACUCAUUGAAAUACCAGACGAACGUUGGUGAUUUGAUUAAAGAGUUUACUUUGAUUCAAUUGAUUGUUGAUAGAUUAGAUUUGUUUAGCGACAACGAGUCUCUUAACGAAAUAAAUGUCAGUUACAUACAAUUUAUAAACUUGGAUUAUUAUUUGGGAUUGUUAUAUUCGGAUUAUUUAUGGAACCCAAAAACUGGACAAGCUCCAGAAGCAUCAGAUCCAAUUGAGUUCAAAGAAAUGAAUAUUACCAUUGCUAAGAGCAAACUUGUUCAUUUUAUAGCACAACUAGAUAACUAUGGUGAAGUUUUAUCCAAGUCUCAAUCUUCCAGAGUGAAUUCGUUCAAAGAAAUAUACAAUCCUACGUACGACGAAUUAGUAUCCUAUAGUAAUCCCGCAUUGAAAAGAGCAGAUAAAAUUGAAAAUUACAAGCUAGAGAAAGAGUUGAAAGGAAAAUUGCAAAUAUUAAAUGACUACUAUAAUCAAAAUUCCGAAAAAGGCGAGGAAGAAGACGAUUCCAUGUUUGAGAGAUUUGACGAAGAGAUUGUUAAGGCGAUUUAUAUUGAUCAACUAAGAUUGUACAGCAUCAGCGCCUUUAAUAACUUGGAGCUAUUGUCGAUGGAAUUGCAAGUCUUAUCCAACAGACCAAAACAGCGUAUAACAGAAAUAGACCCUCCUAAAUCCAAGGAAGAACCAUCAAUGGAAAAUGAUUAUGGAUAUACUUCAAAAUUAGAAUCCUUACCCUUCAACAAUAAAAGCAAGAUUUCUGAUUUGAUUUCGAAACAAGGCAAAAUUUUACAACCUUUUACAAUAACGUCCAAUAAGCAAGAUCUCAAGCUGAAAGUCUUUGGCACAGGCCAAGUUCUUCCUUCUAUGUCUGUUGAGGAAUACCUAGAUUAUGAAUUGGCGAACGGUAAGAUGAUGAAAGAAGAAGUCAAAGAUGAGAAGAAUGAUAGUGAUAGUGAUAAUUCAGACGAAGAAUUAGAAAAGCGACAAUGGGAUGACUGGAAGGAUGAUAAUCCAAAGGGUAGCGGUAAUAUGAAAGCAAAUUUAGGUUAA